AUGGGAAAUAUAAAGGAUCCAAGAGAGGAAGUCAUUCAAGCAUGGUACAUAGACGACAGCGAUGAGGACCAAAGACUCCCGCAUCAUCGUGAGCCCAAGGAAUUCGUUUCCCUGGAGCAACUUGCUGCACUCGGAGUACUUAGCUGGAGACUUGAUGCAGAUAACCAUGAAACAGAUGAUGAGUUGAAGAAUAUAUGUGAAGAGCGCGGAUAUUCCUAUAUGGACUUCUGUGAAGUUUGUCCAGAGAAGCUGCCGAAUUACGAGGAGAUGAUCAAAAACUUCUUCACAGAACAUCUUCACUCCGAUGAGGAGAUCCGCUAUUGUCUGGCCGGAAGUGGUUACUUUGACUUGAGGGACCAGGAUGACGUUUGGAUUCGGGUUUGGGUGAAGAAGGGAGGAAUGAUAGUUUUCCCUGCCGGAAUCUACCACCGGUUCACCCUCGAUUCAGACAACUAUAUCAAGGCGAUGCGAUUGUUUGCUGGCAGCCCCAUUUGGACCCCCUACUAUCGUCCUCACGAUCAUCUGCUGGCUAGGAAGGCGUACCUGGAAGCUUUUGGCCGGAAAGAAGCGGGCAAUCGCGCUUGCGAUGCCGCGGCAUGAAACGAAGCAUGACAGAGUGACAAACAAGAGACCCUUCGACGAUUACUAAAUAAAUGCACCUACCGGAUCGCAGGGCAUCUGCAUCCAGGUCGUUGCCCGCCUAUUUGUCUUCUUAACUCGAUCUCGAUCUUGUCUAAGUCCAUGGUCAUCACUUUUUAUUCUGGUAUGAACAUUAGUUCUGUCAUAACGUGUGUGGAGUCUGAUUGAAAGCUUGCACCAGCAAGUUCAUUUACAUGAAUGGCGAGCUCGCGAAAAGCUCUACUUGUCGCGGCUUUG